AUGUCGUCUAUCAGUUUACUAAAAGCUGGCGCAUCGGGAGAAGUAGUAUCGGAUGCGCUAUUAGCAGCCGCUUCCGAUGGCGACGUAGAGUUCGGUACCAUUUUAGUACAGAAUGGGGGCAGCGUAGAACAUAAGGACGGCCAGGCCAUCAUAGAAGCUUGCAAGGCAGGGGCAGUCGACGUCCUCGCAAUGCUGCUAGCAGGCGAAUCAAGAGUCGCCCAAAAAACGUUGCAGAGAGGAUUUCAAGCCGCUACGCAAGUAGGAGACUUGAAGAAGCGAGCAGAGAUAUUCAAACUGCUCUUGCAAGUGGGAGUCUCUGGAGAAGUAGUCGACGCUCAACUCGUAUCAGCUGGGAGGUAUGGAGACGACGGGAAAGAUCUCGUCCGACUUCUGCUAGUGUACGGGGCGAGUCCUGAUUACAAUGAUGGAGAGGCUGUCGAAAAAGCAGCGAGGAGCGCCUUUUUGGGUAGCUUGGAGAUGCUAUUAGGCAUUGUUGAGGUCGGUGGGCGUCAGAAACGACCAUCUUCUCACACUUUGGUCCGCGCGAUGGAUGCUUGCUGGGACCUAAGCAGAGACACGAGAUUUGCCAUUAUGAAUUGGGUUUUCCAAGCAGGAAGGCCGGUUCCCAGCGCUCUUCAUUCUUCUCUGAACCGUGCUGUCAAUGAGGAAGAUCCUGACGAGAGACUUAUCGAGCUUCUUGUAAACCACCGUGCCUCUGCUACCGCAGAUGGUUGCCAGACUUUAAUUGACGCGACUACAACGCUAUCUCCAUCAGCAUUUUCCAAGCUCUUAGAUACUCAAAUCACUGUCGAGGACACCUCCUUAGUGUUCAGUAGGGCAUUUGCGCCCGAUCGUGUUUCGUCGUGGUUAUCUGGUCGGGGCUACGAGGUUGCCAAAUGCCUACUAGAGAAAGGUGCUAUCGGCGAUGGAGUUGGAUCAGCAUUUGCCACAGUACUUGGGUUAUACAUCGAAACACAUGCGCAGUUAGCAAACGACUUUGUGGAUUUGCUCCUCAAACACGGCGCCGACGUCAACUACAACCACGGAGAGGCGUUGCAGAAUGCAGCUGCGCAAGGAGAUCCCAAUCUUCUUAAAAGACUCCUACGCGAGAAUCCCAACCCCCAAGCGCUAACGUUUGCGUUACCUCGCGUAUUCGACGCUUCCGCAUCUGAAGAUGACAUAUAUGAUCUUAUCACACUAUUCGUCGAAUACGGUGAUGGACAAAACCGGAUGGAUGUCGCGUUCAUCCAAACUGGUUCGGAGCCUAUACUCGUCAAAGCUCUAAACCAGUUCCCACGAUCUACGAAGAUUCUCGGGGCAUUACUAGAUGCCGGGUUCUAUCAUGACCAACUGACAACGUGCAGAGUAAUGCAGGAGAUAGAGGAAGAAGAGACUGUUACUCUGCUCAUGUGGGCCCUUAUUCAACCUCAGAAGAAAAUCAGUAGCGGAGUUAUCAAUUUACUGAUCGAGAGGGGUGCUAAAGUUAAUUUUGAAGCUCCCAUCUCUCGUGUUACUCCUCUUAUGCUAGCCAUACAAUACCGUCGGCAAGAUAUUGUGAAGUCUCUACUGCUGGCGGAUGCUGAAGUUGACGUGACAGAUGCGACAGGGAAAUCCCCCUUGUCUAUGGCAUCUUCUAUCGGCGGUGACUUGGCUAUCACCAUAAUGUCUAAUUUGCUAGCGGCAGGUGCUUCGAGAAAUGAUGGCUCACUUCACAAUGCAGCACGAGAGCUUAACCUGCAAGCCAUGCAAGUAUUGGUCGAAUAUAGACAUGACCCUGACUUUCCCAGCCCUCUGCAUGGUGGACGGAGUGCACUUGGAGAGCUAUGCCUACACGCCGCUGACUUCAGCGAGAUGACGCCUCGCCGAGAAAAAGCGAUGGAAAAGGCGAUAAAUUUCCUCCUCCAGAGCGAAUCCGAUAUCACGCUACAAUCUGAUGGGAAAUCCGUCCUCCUUUUAGCUCUCGAAUCAACUGACCCCUUGACCACAACGAAAAUCCUGCUACGGGCCGACAUGUGGAGAUACAUUAAUAAACCAUUCAACUACUUUAAUGAUGGCAAAUUCACCUACUCUCACCCUAUGUAUGUUCAGCGCGUGUUACCAGAUUCGGAUCACAAGUCACAGCUCUUAGCACUGCUAAAAGCAAACCGGGGGACUGAUGUAUACUAUUCCAACUCCGGUCCGCAGCCUGACGAUGCUAUCGGCAUGCCGACUAAUAUCCAACUCGAAGAACAGGAACGUAAGGCGCGAUUAGUCCGUCUUCAAAAGGAAAACGAGGAUCACACGCUCGCGAUUCAGCGGAAUAAAGAGUUAGCGGCAGUGCAAGCGCAAAUCUGGGCUAACCAAGCAGAGCUAGAAGAGGUGCGCAAAAAACGGGCGCACAGCGCAGACCUAUCAGCUAUACAGGACCGCGCGCGCGUCGAAGAAGAACUAUUCAACAGCACAAUGCGACAGCAACGCGCACGCCACGUAGCCGAGGUCAAGCAUCAAGAGGCACUGACACACGCCGGGUUAACACGGGCGCAGGCUCUCGCCGACGCGGAGCUUGCCGUUGAAGCACAGAAGCAAAGCCGUAUGCUCCAGUGGGAGCGUGACGUGGGCAGCGAACGCGUUGGCAACGCAAACCAGCUAAGCAGCAUAAGACUCCGGGAGAGGGAGGAAUUAGAGCGCCUAGACCAGGUAGCAGAUGCAAGACUCAAGAAUAGAAUACAGGAGCAACGGAAAUUAGUUGAUAGCCAGAGUACAUUAGCUGCGAAUAUAGCAGGCGCAGGACCCAGAGCGCAGAGGCAGAUUGGGUAUGUGAGUGGUGAGUUAGAUUAA